CAUCUCCUACCUUUCGCCUCUUACUCUCCAAUUUUUCUUCAGUUUUUUUUUAUUCUGCUCUGCCGUACGCCGGUGCGCCUCCCCACCCACCUCGACUUCGACGCGAUUCGAGUGCCCGCCAUGGCGGACUCGCCGGUGGAGCUGCCCGGCCGACUCGCCAUACUGCCGUUCCGCAACAAGGUGCUCCUGCCGGGCGCCAUCGUGCGGAUCCGCUGCACCAACCCCAGCAGUGUGAAGCUAGUGGAGCAAGAGCUCUGGCAGAAGGAGGAGAAGGGCCUGAUCGGGGUACUUCCUGUGCGGGACUUGGAGGCUGGAGCUGUUGGAUCGUUGCUGUCUCCUGGUGUGGGCAGUGAUUCAGGUGAGGGAAGCAGUAAGGCUGGCGUUUCUCCGGUGGAGACAUCAAAGCAGGACACAAAGAAUGGGAAGGAGCCCAUUCACUGGCACAGCAAGGGAGUUGCUGCUAGAGCUUUACACCUUUCCAGAGGGGUAGAGAAGCCAAGUGGAAGGGUCACAUACAUUGUUGUUCUUGAAGGUCUAUGUAGGUUCAGUGUUCAGGAACUAAGUACAAGAGGAUCAUACCAUGUUGCCCGUGUUUCACGCCUUGACAUGACAAAGACUGAAUUGGAGCAGGCGGAGCAAGACCCAGACCUCAUUGCUCUUUCUAGACAAUUCAAAGCUACUGCCAUGGAACUAAUUUCUGUUCUGGAACAGAAGCAGAAGACAGUUAGUAGGACAAAGGUGCUUCUUGAUACCGUUCCUGUUUAUAGGCUAGCUGAUAUCUUUGUUGCUAGCUUUGAAAUAAGCUUUGAGGAGCAGCUUUCCAUGCUGGAUUCAGUUGACUUGAAAGUUAGACUUUCAAAGGCAACUGAACUUGUGGACAGACACCUGCAGUCGAUUCUUGUUGCUGAGAAAAUAACGCAGAAGGUUGAGGGGCAGUUGUCGAAGUCGCAAAAAGAAUUUCUACUGCGCCAGCAGAUGAGGGCUAUCAAAGAGGAACUUGGUGAUAAUGAUGAUGAUGAAGACGACGUGGUUGCAUUGGAAAGGAAGAUGCAGAACGCAGGAAUGCCUGCUAAUAUUUGGAAGCAUGCUCAAAGGGAGUUGAGGCGCCUACGAAAGAUGCAACCUCAGCAACCAGGAUACAGUAGCUCUCGAGCUUACUUAGAACUUCUUGCCGACCUUCCUUGGCAAAAGGUCAGUGAAGAAAGGGAGCUCGACCUUAGAGCUGCAAAAGAGAGUCUUGACUGGGAUCAUUAUGGGCUAACAAAAGUUAAGCAGCGGAUUAUUGAGUAUCUGGCUGUUCGUAAGCUUAAACCUGAUGCCAGGGGUCCAGUGCUGUGUUUUGUGGGGCCACCUGGUGUUGGGAAGACAUCUUUGGCUUCCUCCAUUGCAAAGGCCCUGAACAGGAAGUUCAUAAGAAUCUCUCUUGGUGGUGUAAAGGAUGAAGCUGAUAUCAGGGGUCACCGAAGGACAUACAUUGGAAGCAUGCCAGGGAGACUUAUUGAUGGACUCAAGAGAGUAUCUGUCAGCAACCCAGUGAUGCUUCUCGACGAAAUUGACAAGACUGGUUCUGAUGUACGUGGGGAUCCAGCGUCAGCACUACUAGAAGUUCUUGAUCCUGAACAGAACAAAACAUUCAAUGACCACUAUUUGAAUGUUCCGUUCGACCUGUCAAAGGUCAUAUUUGUUGCAACUGCCAACAGGAUGCAACCUAUCCCACCUCCUCUCUUAGAUAGGAUGGAGGUCAUUGAGCUACCAGGUUACACACCUGAAGAGAAGCUCAAAAUAGCCAUGAAACAUCUGAUACCAAGGGUAUUGGAGCAGCAUGGCUUGAGUUCGGCGUAUCUUCAGAUUCCUGAGGCUAUGGUCAAACUGAUCAUCGAGAGAUACACGAGAGAAGCUGGAGUACGUAAUCUUGAGCGGAACCUAGCUGCAUUGGCCCGAGCAGCUGCUGUCAAGGUUGCAGAGCAAGCUAACACUCUUAGACUUGGCAAGGAAAUACAACCAAUUACUACGACUCUGCUGGAUUCGAGGCUUGCUGAUGGUGGUGAAGUUGAAAUGGAAGUUAUUCCUAUGGGCCAUGAUAUAUCAAAUACUUAUGAAAAUCCAUCUCCUAUGAUUGUUGAUGAAGCUAUGCUAGAAAAAGUGCUUGGGCCUCCUAGAUUUGAUGAUAGAGAAGCUGCAGAUCGUGUAGCAAGCCCAGGAGUUUCAGUUGGGCUUGUUUGGACUUCAUUUGGUGGGGAAGUUCAAUUUGUGGAGGCUACAGCCAUGGUGGGUAAGGGUGACUUGCACUUGACUGGACAGCUUGGUGAUGUUAUUAAGGAGUCGGCACAGCUAGCUUUGACAUGGGUGAGAGCAAGAGCUGCUGACCUGAACUUGUCACCUACUUCUGAUAUCAACCUAUUGGAGAGCCGUGAUAUUCACAUACAUUUUCCUGCUGGUGCUGUACCAAAGGAUGGCCCUUCUGCAGGAGUGACAUUGGUAACAUCACUAGUAUCACUUUUUAGUAACAGAAAAGUCAGAGCAGAUACUGCUAUGACUGGAGAGAUGACUCUAAGGGGGCUUGUGUUGCCAGUUGGUGGUGUUAAAGAUAAGGUACUUGCGGCACAUCGUUAUGGAAUCAAGAGAGUAAUUUUACCUGAAAGGAACUUGAAGGACUUGACUGAGGUUCCAUCACCCAUUCUGUCUGGCAUGGAGAUUCUGCUUGUGAAGCGCAUCGAGGAAGUACUCGACCACGCUUUCGAAGAUGGAUGCCCAUUGAGAUUGCGCUCCAAGUUAUAGCACCAACUCAGCGUUUGAUAUGGGUAUUUUCUUUGGUGAAUCAUCAUCAUCACGGUACAGGUAUCCACGGACGAGCAAUGCUGUGAGAUAAUGAUGGCUUAGCUCUCUGGCCACCGCAGGUUCUGGCACGCCCACGUCGGUUAAGAUUCACAUCUGGAUGUGUAUACUGAUCAGAAUUCAGAGCAGUUGGGAGAUGUGCAGACACUUCCACUGGGAUUCCCUGCCAUAUUUGUUUAUAGAGAUUAUGCAUAGAUGGGGUACAAAGCUGGGAGGUCCACUUGUUUGUUACUCUGUUGUUAGUUUGGGUGUAUGGAAUCUUUUCCAGGCGAAAUAUAGUUAAUACGUGGUUGUGGAACUACUGCGUCGAAGUCGAAUUAUGCUUGGCGAAUUUUACCUUCAAGUGUAUAUAUACCGAUGAACUACUUAAAAUGAAUAAACCGUCCCCCACCUUCGCCAUUUCAUGACA